GGUGUGGGUGUAUUUAGCUCGGAGUCUGCACUCAUGCUAUGUGCCUCUGUUCUUUUGAUACAUACAUUGAUUCUUAUUGAUGCUGAGGUUGACAACCGGACAGAAUAGUUUUUGGAAACAAAUUCAGCUUGCGAGAACGUUGGGUUGGCUUGCUUCGCAUCUCUUAUAUUCCUUCUCUUCUCUCCUCUUGUUUUCUCUACGCUUUAUUCCAUCUUGCUUUAUCUCACUUCUCUGGGCUUUACUUCACUUCGUUUUGGACUGCAUCACGACGUAUUGUAUCGUAUCGGGUUUUGUCACCUCUAUUGUAACGUUUAUUGUCUUCGAAUGGGGAAGAGUUUACUUCGAUCCCGCAAAACUUUCAAAUUUAAUCACACCUCCUUACAUUCAACAGUAUUACAGGGUUACGAAAUAUGCCCAUGUCGAUAAGAUCUGCAGCUGCUAGUCGGGCUGGCGGGAGACCCGCCGCUGUUCACCGUGCAGUCGCGCCUAGCUCACCUGGUUCUGGAUCAUAUCGUUCGUUGAGAUCUAGCCCUAGAUCGGUGAAAUCUAGGUCUAAUAUCUUCGAAUCAGAUGGUUAUGAUUCGGAUGGUUAUGAUUCGGAUGGCUCUGGAUCUUACGGUUCUGAAUCGAUCGACGCUGGCCGCGAAGUUACGGAGGAUCAUUCCUCAGUCAACCCUCAUACAUCUACUCGGCACCAGUCACAUGGUAAGUUUGAGGAGGUACAAGCACAUAUGCAAGAUCUGGAAGAGGAUAUAGCAGAUACACGCCGAGAGUGGGAUAACAGAGGAAUUGAUCCUUCUGAUAUGCUGUUGAGGAUUGCGAAUCACAAGCAGAAAUUAGCCAAGGUCGCCUCUUCAGAGGCAUGUAGGAAUCCUUUCUUGAAGCUAAGUUUUGACGGGGUAGAUGGCUCGUUAAAAGAAUUGGAAGCCCAGGCAAACGUUCGGAAGACGAGAGAGCAAGAAGAAAUGAAGGUGACGGGGAAAUUCGCAGAGAGAAGAGAGAAUGAGAGAAUAGAGAAGUUUGAAAGGCAACAACGUUUCAUGCAAGAACAAGCUGCGAUCAAGAGAAAAACAAAAAAUGAGAAGGAGGCGAAGAAGAAGAAAAAGGUUGAAGAGGAAAAGCGGAAAAGGAUUAUAAAGGAAAAUGAGAGAAAAGAGCAAAAGGCCAAGUUUGCAGCAGCUAUGAUUGAAAGGAAGAGAUCGGAAAAGGAAGAAAAAGAUAGGAAGAGAGAGCAGCAAACCACAGAGAGGUGGAAGGCAUAUCAAAAAAGGACAAGCAGGGAGAAAGCAGCAAUAAAUCGAGAUUUUGAGCGCAAGGCAACCGAAAAACAAGAAAUAACGGCAGAGGAAGAGGCAGAAUACCAAGCAAAGGUCACAGAGGAAGCUAGAAGGUACUCGGCGGAGAAGGCUUAUCGAAAAAGGGCGAAAGCGGCACUAGGUAAUACGGAAGAAGAGAGUAGGGAUAGAGAGAGAAAAUGGUCAGAGGCGUAUGCUAGGAAGGCGGUGAGUGAUCACGAAAAGAAAUUGAGAAAGAAAUUGAAUAAGUUGGAAGACAAGAGAAAGAAGAUUGAGAAUGAUUUGGGAUUACGACGAUGAAUGGGAGGGAGAUUGGGAAGGGUGGAUUGGAUCUAUGCGAUAUCUUGGAUAUUUUUUAGCAUGGAUUUGCAGGGUGGGUUUUAUUUCUUUUAGGAUCAGAUUAGAAUUUUGAGGGGAGGUUUUUGGGGCAUUCAUUGGUUUGGUCUAUUUUUUUUAUUUUUUGUGAUGGGUUUGGUGAUAGUAUGAGUAUAAUGCUCGUGGUGGAGGAAUAUCAACAGCAAGCGUGAUUUUUAGAUAAAUAUAGUUCUUUAUUUUCA